AUGCAGACUUAGUGUUGAAAUAUCAUAAAAGCACAGAAUAUAUUUGGAAAAUUGAUUACAAAUUUCAGAAGAUGACUGAGCAAUGUGACUCUGUGGUGGUCAUCAAGGCAAAACCCAUUCGUAAAAUUUUCAAGGCUCCUGUGAGGGCUAGUAAAAUUCCUGAGGAACUCUUGAACGAUCCUUUACUGAACUCUGCCAUAGCAGCCUUACCGUCAAAUUAUAAUUUUGAGAUACACAAGACAAUAUGGAGAAUCAGGGAGUCCAAGGCGAAACGAGUGGUUCUCCAAAUGCCAGAAGGUCUUCUAAUGUAUGCCACAACUAUAGCAGACAUCAUCGAAGACUUCACUGAAGCAGAAACUGUUAUUAUGGCUGAUGUUACUUAUGGAGCCUGUUGUGUGGACGAUUACACUACACGAGCAUUGGACGCAGACUUUCUGAUCCACUAUGGACACUCGUGCCUUAUACCUGUAGAUCAGACUGCUGAUAUCAAAGUGCUCUAUGUGUUUGUUAAUAUAAAAAUCGAUAUUGCACAUUGCGUAGAUUGUCUGCGAGUCACUCUACCUGUUACUACAAAGUUAGCACUAGUCAGUACAAUACAAUUUGCUACAACGGUACAAGCAGUAGCAUCAGAAUUGAGGAGAGAAGGUUACGAAGUUUCAGUGCCGCAGAGCAAACCACUUAGUCCUGGAGAAAUUUUAGGAUGCACAGCUCCACAAGUUCGCUGUGCUGAUGCAAUAAUGUACAUAGGGGAUGGUCGUUUUCACUUGGAAGCUGCAAUGAUUGCCAAUCCUAAGCUGAGGGCGUUCAAGUACGAUCCGUACGCGAAAAAAUUGACCGAGGAGUUCUACGAUCACGAAAGGAUGCUGAAGACUAGAUACGAGGCGAUACAACGUGCCGCAAAAACCGACAAAUAUGCUUUAAUACUCGGCACUUUGGGCAGGCAGGGCAGUCCUAAUGUACUGAAAACCUUGCAGAAUAGAAUUAAUGCCUUGGGAAAGGAAAAUGUUGUAAUAUUGCUCUCGGAAAUAUUUCCAGACAAGAUCAAACUGUUCAAAGGCAUCGAUGCCUUUAUACAAAUUGCAUGUCCACGAUUGAGCAUCGACUGGGGUGUUGCGUUCGAGAAACCAUUCCUAACACCAUACGAAGGUGCUGUUGCUCUUAGGAUGGCCGAGUUUGACAUGGAACAACCCUAUCCCAUGGAUUUUUACGCAAAUAUCAGCCUCGGGCCAUGGACCGCUAAUCAUAAGGAAUCUGAAUUAGAAAAAACAGACGCUUGUUGCGUGAUUAAUCAACAACCCAAUCCUAACAUUCGCAAAAGGGGAAAAGAAUAUACUAUGCGAUCUAAGGUGACAAACGAGAACACGUGGGAGACAAAGUGGACGACGGAAUCAUCGCAGGGAGGUAGAGGCGUGCGACGAGCGACGAAAAGAACGGAAUCGUCGGGACUGAAAUUGUCAAAACCAUCUAGAGGAAAUACGGCACGGGAGAAAACCCUCAGGAGGCUGGAGAGCAAUGAACGCGAGCGCAUGCGAAUGCAUAGCCUGAAUGACGCGUUUCAAUCUCUACGCGAGGUGAUUCCGCACGUCACAAAAGAGAGACGACUUUCAAAGAUCGAGACACUAACUCUGGCUAAGAAUUAUAUAGUGGCCCUUACGGAUGUGAUAUGCGCCAUGAGAAGUGAGGAGGAUCAGCAGACGAGCGGCUCCGAAGCUCAAGAUUCAUCGAACGGGGAACAGCGAUUAGAAUCGGCCGCCGUUCGCGUGAAUAUUCCUAUCGCCUCCAGAUCUUGCGCUUCGGAAACUCAGAACUUUUAUCAGAGUAAGCAUUCACGAUGGGAGAACGAUCAGAACAACGUUACUGGUCUCUGAAAAGUUAAAUGAUGAUCGAUAUGAAAUACGAAUUGAGAAUUUCAUGAAUGGUAUUUCGACUACUGGUCUUCCUUCCUUAAUCUGUGCAUGCGUUUGCGUUUAAUAAAAAUAAUUCAACGCAUAUGUGUACAUCUUACAAUUAGCGAAAGUAAAAUGAUAUUUUAUGACUGAUAUAAUAAUUUAAGGAAAUACUAAAUGUGUGCCAAAGAAAGACAGUAUUCAUUAUUGCAGAAAUGAGUAAAAGGGAAUAUUAUAUAAAUAAUAAUAUUAUAUUUUAUUUUAAAAAA